UUCUAGACUUGGAAUGCAGAACCUUGCUCCGCCUACCUCAUGACGUCGACGCCGUAUUGGAAUUACUGGUCGUCACUCCGGUAGCACCCGGAACCUGUAUGUGGGACAGCCCGGCUUACGUGUGACCCGGGGGUAGCAGUACUUACCUGUGAGCACCGCUUCUGAGGGAGACAUGGGCGGCGACGGUUUCGUUUCUAGACAUCAGCAUGAAGCUACGACCAAGUUCUGAGCGGAAAUGUAGCAGCGAGGCUUGCAACAUAGAAGACAAGGGGACUCUCGCCAUGCAGACAAGCUCUGGACAUACCCAUCCAACAGGAAAUGGGAAUGGCUUGCCCAGCCUUUCUCUCCCUGCUAACCGUUUACCUGCAGAUGGGUCCAGCAACUCUAGAGAUGUAGCAAUAAAUGUACAUUCAUUAAAUUCUGAAAGUGACACAAGAUCUGGCUCAAGACAUGCCAGACCAACCAUACGAUUACAGAAUCGACCUGGUCAUACACACUCUAAUACCAAUGGUGCGGGCGGGCAAGAUGAGUCAAAUAACACAGAUGCAAGAGAACAUAGCAACAGUAUCUCAGAGGUCCUACAUGUCUAUAAGUGGUUGGAUAAAAGUUUUCCAUAUAUAUUAAUCUUUAGUGCCAAACUCAUUGUUCAGCAUCUAACAGGCAUUACUGUUGGAAUUGGCCUGCUAACAACAUUUCUGUAUGCAAAUAAAAGCAUUGUAAAUCAGGUUUUUCUAAAAGAUAAGAGUUCUAAAUUGCAGUGUUUUUGGCUCCUGGUAUUUUUGACUGGCUGCUCACUGCUUUUGUAUUACACCUUUUCAUCUCAGGCACUUUAUUACAGCUUGAUUUUUAUGAAUCCAUCUCUUGGACCUUUGCAGUUCUGGGAUGCUUUGUGGGUUGUAGGAAUAACAGACUUUAUUGUGAAAUUUUUCUUCAUGGGCCUAAAGUGCUUUAUUCUCCUGGUGCCUUCUGUUAUGAUGUCACAUAAAUGCAAGGGCUUUUGGUACAUGUGUAUGGAAGAAAUUUCACAGUAUUAUUGUACACUUGUCUCUACACCUGUCUGGUUCCGUUACUUGAUUGAUUAUGGGGCUCAAACCAGUGGAGCUGAAUGGCAUUUUGGUAUUCUGUUGGCUUUGCUCUACCUCAUCAUAAAGCUGUUUGUUGUUUUUGGACAAUGGAAAACAUCUGCUGAUGUAUUACAACAGUUUUUUAAUCAGCCUAAUUAUGGUGUGGCUGCAACCAAAAGACAAUGUUCCGAAGCGGAGGACAUCUGUGCAAUAUGUCAAGCUGAAUUUACAAAACCGAUUGCUCUUAUAUGCCAUCACAUAUUCUGUGAAGAGUGCAUCUCUCUUUGGUUCAAUAGAGAAAAGACCUGCCCUCUCUGCCGGACUGUGAUAUCCAACCACAACCACAAGUGGAAAGAUGGAGCCACAUCCCUACAACUGCGUCUGUUCUAGUCUUAAGUUUUCUUAAGUUUUUGUUUUGUUUCACUUGUUCUUUUGGUGUAUAGAUUUUGGUGACUUGUUCAAAUGAAGGGCUAGAAGUUAACGGGUUUGCAUUGGGUUUUAUGUUUUCAUUGUUAGUGUUCUGGUUUACUCCUAAUGCCUGUUUCUUUCCUAUGCAUAAGGCAUACUUGUAUAAGAGAGCUAAUGGUUCCAAGCCAAACACCUUUUUUAUAUACAUGUAUUCUUAUAAAUUUAUAUUACAAUUUUUUUAUUUUUGGCACUUCUUCUAAACUCAAUUGAACUUUUCAAAGCAGGCAAAUAGUUGCAUUGGUGACUGUGUAUCACACUAGAAGUGGAUUACUCUUAUACUAUGUUCACACGUUGGAAUGUCCGCACAGAGAAUUCAUGCAGACAUUACGCAAAAUGCCAGCGCUAGGACCACACAGGAAUGCACCAUCUCAUAGAUGGCUAUGCAUUCCAUGCGGACAUGGAAAACUGAAUUUUCAAUCCAGAAACAUCUGGGUUGCACAGUGCAGCAGAAUUCUGUUGAAUUCAAUGGGACUCUACUGCAGCGGAAGCUCCGUGACUAAUUCCAAUACAGAAUCCGUCACGGAAAUUCCGACGUGUGAACAUGGCCUUAAAGAGAAUUUGGCAUAAAAAAAUUACCCAUUGUUUUUCAAUCUAAUUAUUAUGUUAACCACAUUCUUAAAUCAUUUUGGUUGUUUCUAAUAAUACAUUUUACUAUCUAGAUUUUCAAAUAAUCAUGAAAUUCUGGCCAUUAGGCCUAAAACUAAGCUGAGACUUCCUGUUAUGUACUGAUCACUUUCCAGCAGUGCCCCUGCUCUCAUCACAAACAGGAUUGCAUUAAAGGUGACACCAAUUGAUAGAUUAGAAUCCGUUCACAAUAACUAAGGUUUAGCAUCCCCAUGCCUGUAGAAUGACCUGAAAAGAUCAGAUAAUUCUCAGUAAUAUUUUCAGUUUAUGUGAAUGGGAAAGGUCCUGUCCAUAUGUUCUGCUGUGACUCAUAUCUCAAAAUGCUGUAAAAAAAAAGUUUUCCAUUAUCUAAAAAAAAACUAGGUCAUACAUUCCCUUUUAACCCCUUAAGGACUGAGCCCUUUUUCACCUUAAGAACUGAGCCCUUUUUUGCAAUUCUGACCACUGUCACUUUAGCAUUAAUAACUCUGAGAUGCUUUUACCGAUUAUUCUGAUUCUGAGAGAGUUUUUUUCGUGACAUAUUCUACUUUAUUUUAGUGGUAAAUUUUUGUCAUUACUUGCAUCCUUUCUUGGUGAAAAAUCCCAAAAUUUCAUGAAUAUUUUGAAAAUGUUGCAUUUUUCUAACUUUGAAACUCUCUGCUUGAAAGGAAAAUGGAUAUUCCAAAUAACUUUUAUAUUAAUUCACAAAUACAAUAUGUCUACUUUAUGUUGGCAUCAUAAAAUGGACAUAUUUUUACUUUUUGAAAACAUUAGAGCGCUUCAAAGUAUAAUAGCAAUUUUCAAAAUUUUCAUGAAAAUUGCAAAAUCUGAAGGGACAGAUGUUACAGAACUACAACUCCCAGCAUGUCUGAGCAGUCUAGGCAUGCUGAGAGUUGUAGUUUUGCAACAUCUGGAGGGCUACCGUUUGGACACCACUGUAAUAGUGGUCUCCAAACUGUGACCCUCCAGAUGUUGCAAAACUACAACUCCCAGCAUGCCCAGACAGCUUUUGGCUGUCUGGGCAUGCUGAGAGUUGCAGUUUGGCAACCACUAGUAAGGCAGCAGUAAAGAUCGCUUUACAGCCACCUUCCUUGAUGCUCCACGCCGUCGCCUCCCUACCUGCGCCGCUGAUCUCCGCUGAUGCCACCGAUGAUCGGCGGUCCCCACCGCAUUUUCUUUACAGGUACCAGCCACCAUCUUCUCCCCCCGUUCUGCCCGAGAUCCAGGGGUGGGCAGAGCGGGGGGUUUCCAUGGAAACCCCCCGUCUUCAACUGCCAUUGGUCAGUACUCGGUACUGACUAAAGGUAGGGGAUAGGAGGAGGUUGCACUGCUGCAACCUCGCUCCUAUCCCUUAGGAUGAUCGGGGCUGUCACUGACAGCUCCGAUCAUCCCUAUUUUCCAGGCGAUCGGGUCACCAGAGACCGGAUCAGCCGGAAUAGCAGAAAAUCGCAUAUCUGAAUUGACAUGCGAUUUCCUGCGAUCGCCGACAUGGGGGUGUCUCAGGACCCCCCUCGGCGAUGUGCCGGGAUGCCUGCUGAAUAAUUUCAGCAGGCAUCCCGGUCCAGUCCCCGACCGGCUAGCAGUGGGGACUGGAAUUCCCACGGGUGUAUCCAGGAAUUCCCCCAGGGGGGUAUCUAUACGCCCUCAGUCCUUAAGGACUUUAAAACGGGGGGCGUAUGGAUACGCCCGCCGUCCUUAAGAGGUUAAAACAGUAUCAUUUUUUUAAGACUCAUUAGACAUUUCUGUAACUUUUUAUUGGAGAAAGAAUGUGUGUGACUUCCCAAAAUCUCUUGGGGUUCACUGUGAUACUGACCACAAGCAGAGUAGGAAAAUUGUACACAGGUGCCAGGCACAUUACAAUAGAUCAUACAAAUAACCAGCAAGCAGGAUCGUGAGGCACUGCGGUUGUAAGGAGAUACAGGUUCAGGGAUCUAGGAAUGUAUUGCUAGCGAAGUGUAUGGCGUGCUCUGACUAAAAAUAAAAUACAUAACCCAGUGUAACUUGAAAAGAAAUUGGCCACUCCCCAUGGAACGUCUUGAAGCUUCUUUAUUGUGCAUAAAACUCACAUAAUGAGAAUCUUAGAGGGAUAUAGGACGGCGGGGGGUACAGCACUUGCUAGUAUGAAACGGAGCUUGUUGCCUUAUCUGUAACACCCCCCCCCCCCCCGUCCUAUAUCCCUUUCCAAUUUUCGUUAUGCGAGUAUUUCAUGCACAAUAAAGAAACUUGAAGAUGUUCCGUGGUGAGUGGCCGAAUUUCUUCUUUUCAAGUUACAUUACAAUAGAUAACUGUUUUAUACAGUCAUGGCCGUAAAUGUUGGCACCCCUUAAAGUAUUUCUCACAGAAAAGGAUUGCAGUAACAUGUUUUGCUUUACACAUGUUUAUUCCCUUUGUGUGUAUUGGAACUA